AUCUAUGGUUGGCUGAUUGUGUCCAAUGUGAGAAUCUUUGGAAUUAGAAAAUCCGUGAAUUUCUCCAGAGUUAGAGAAAUCCGUGAAUCUUGGAAUCUCAGAUUUACACUGUACAGACAAACUGUGAUAAAAAAUGCCGGAAUCUAAAAUCUUUCUUCUCCUUCUUCCUCUUCUUGUUACAGGUUCACCGUACAGUACAGAUGUAGAGGAGAUGUACAGCAGUGAUUACGAUGCUCCAGAGGAAUUGAAAGAAGCAAUAAUUGUCCGUACUCCAACGUUUGAAUCUGAUUCAAUGUCUAUGCUGGUCAACGAGGGGGAGACAGUUCGUUUACCUUGCAUGGUUGAUAGAUUAGAGGGAUUUGUACUACUUUGGAAACGAGAAGAGAGUAUUUUGAGCGCAGGAACACAGAUUAUUAAUCCUAGAUACAGGAUGGAUACAGAUACUAAUGGAAACCAGUUGGUUCUAAGCCAGGUGACCCCAGAUGAUGAAGGAGAAUAUAUCUGCCAGAUCUCAUCAUACGAUCCUAAAUAUUUAACCCACAAGUUGACUGUCAGAGUUGAACCAGGGAUUGAGACUACACCAGGAGAACUCCUUGUAGUGAGAGAGGGUGAACCAGCAUCUUUAUCUUGUAAGAUUUUAAAAGGAAGUCCUACUCCUGCAGUAAACUGGGUUAGAAAACAUAAACCUGAUCAGCCCAUUCAAGGAACUGUAGUUCAAUGGAACUCUGUUACAAGGCAUGAUGCUGGGCAUUAUAUUUGCCAGGCAGAUAAUGGUUUUGGUCCUGAUCCUGUUACAAGGGAGGUUAAACUUGAAGUUCAUCAUGGACCACAUAUUGAGAUAGGAGAAGAGUUCCUGCAUACAGCUGAGGGGGAGGAGGUUCGAAUUCUCUGUAAUAUUCACUGUUCUCCCAGAUGUGAGACAGGAUGGAGUAAGGAUGGAGUAGAUAUAGAUCCAACUAAUCCUAACUACUAUACUAAUAUUAUGGGGAACACACACACCCUUACCAUUCUGAAGAUGGGUUCCGAGUUGUUUGGAGAUUAUACUUGUACAGCGAGGAAUCAGAUCGGAGAAAAGACCGGAACCAUCCAGGUUUCAGGUUUGGCGCAUCCAGCGGUAUUCCAGGAUACAACACUUAGCCCUUGGUUAGAUAAAUUCUUCUUAGAGUGGAGUGUACUUAGUAGAUCACCAGUACACUCAUUCACCUUGGAGUUCAGAGCUGAACGUGAGUUUAGAUGGAGAUCUCUGGAGGUAAAGUCAGCUCCUAAACUUGAAAAUGAAUGGCAAGGAUCUAUUACCCUCGAGGGACUGGGAUCUGCCACCAGGUAUGAAGCUAGAGUAGCAGCUAGAAACCAAUAUGGACUCAGCAAAUUCAGCAAACCAUUCCUUUUUGCCACAAAGGGAGCAGAACCUCUUCAGCAGCCAUCAGUGUCAGGAGUAGAUUCCUUGUUUAUUAGCAAACAUAUCCAGCUGUUUACCACCUUAUUAGUUGUUGUAAACCUCCUGUAGAAACCUCGCUUACUUAACACCAAUCAAUUAAUACCAGUGAUUUUACCAAAGACGAUAUUUGCCACGUGUGGACAGUGCGGCACUGCCGCGUGACAAAGUGAACUAAAUUCAAAACACAGGGUGAAAUCUUUUCUUUUUUACCGUUAAACAAUGUUCAAUAGAAGUUGUAAUACAGUUUUCUAUGUGAUUUAAACAUUCCACCACUUUUAGAAUUUCAUGCCAUGAGCUUAAAACUAGUACCAGUCAAUAUGUUAGCUUCAUGUAUAUUGUGAAAUACAAGGAUUUAUAGGA